AUGGAGUUGGUACCGCACGAUGUGAUAGAGUAUCAUAUUCUGGAGAGGCUUGAUGUGAAGACACUGGUCAAGUUCAAGUCUGUAUCGAAGCAAUGGAACUGUACUAUUCAAUCUCCUAGUUUUCAGAAUAGACAGCAUCGUAGGCUGAGAUUACGAGGAGGAGAUCCAGAUGUCCUUUUGGUGUCCGUACUUGAUAGCUCUGUUGGUAAUUCAGACAUUGAAGCUCUGAGAACGUUGGUGCUUGGGUCUUCAUCAGCUUCUGUUCAGAUCCUUACUCCUUGGGAAGAGAACACGCUUUACCUCGUUUGCAAUACUAGCUGUGAUGGUCUGAUAUGGCUCUACGAUUUCUACAGACUGCCAAGUAUUGUGGUCAAUCCCACCACUCGAUGGCAUCGAACUUUUCCUCUUUGUAACUAUCAACUAGUCGCUGCCGACAAAGCCGAGAGAGACGAGACUUUUGAAUUCGAAUAUGCUUCUCCUGGAUUCGGUAAAGACAAAAUCAGUGGCACUUACAAGCAAGUUUGGUUAUAUAACUCAGCAGAGUUUGGCCUUAACGACAAGGAUACUAGUUGUGAAGUUUUUGACUUUGCAACCAACGCUUGGAGGUAUGUUGUCCCUGCGUCUCCUCAUCUAAUCUCUCACAUGCAAUCUCCUGUGUAUUUAGAUGGGUCACUUCAUUGGUUCAGUGCCUCCUCUCACGAAGGUGAAACCAUGGUUUUGUCUUUCGAUCUUCACGUUUCUAAAGCUCCUUUUCUCCACGCCAAUGAACUAAAGAUCGUCAUGUGCAUCCUGGAUGAUUGUUUGUGCGUAUCCGAAGAAAAAGGUUUCAACCAAGUCAUAUGGUCGUUCCACCACAAGACAUGGAAUCAGAUUUAUUCCAUCGAUAUCUCUAUAACUUCUUCUAUGUGUGGGGUUCACAUACUGGCCCUCCUACCACUAGCGGUUUUGGACAAGAACAAGAACAACAAGUUAUUGUUUUAUGCUCGUGAAGAUUCGCGUGCAUUGGUAACACAUGAUCCAAAAACCAAAUCUUAUGGUUUUGCUUACCAAUCUAAUCUCUCUGCUACGGUCUGUUAUUUCCCGAGUUUAAUAUUUAUUUUGUAA